AUGCAACAACCUUCAAACGAAACCACCAAUUUUACGCCUAGUAUUCAGCUCCACUCAACCUCCGAACCCCUCCAAAUCCGCCAAGAUGCUUCGUUCCCACAAGCCAUCGAGUAUUUCCCACCAUUCAAAAAUGAAUGGAAUACCAAUCCGGAAAUCCUCAACAUAAUCCUCGCCGCGAAUGCUGAUCCGUCAUCCAGCUGUAUCAAAACACAAUCGUCACCGAGGCCGUGUUCAGGCGCCCAGUUCAUCUUCCCCCGUCUGGACGGUUCUUGGUUCAAAAAUGACGGGUACAUCUGGCGGAAAAGGAAUAACGGAAGGAAUAUUCGAGAGGAUCAUCUGAAAUUAAAAGUCAGAGGACACACACAGACGAUAGAGGCAAAAUAUGUGCAUUCAGCAAUUGUUCCGACGUUUCAUAGGAGGGUCUACUUUUUGCCGGAUAGCAGCCACGUGUUAGUCCACUACCUGAAUGAAAAAUCUGACCAAGCAGAGCAAGCCGAGGAAAUUGCCAAGAUGAUGAUCAACAAUAAUAUCUUCAUCUCGUUGCAACAGCUCCAUGAGCAACUUUCUCCGAUUUUUUACCAAUCCGCCGACCAACUAGUCAUCGAAGUCAACGAGCACUUGAGGAAGAAAGGAGUCAACUUACCAACCUCCCCACUACCCCAGGAGCCGCCAACCACACCGACACCCACUGCUCGGGAGCUCGAGCGACGGAACUCUUGUAGCUCGGCGUUCCGCAAAGGGUUGUCGUCAGUGGCGUUGAGAAGGCAGCCGUCUGCAAACAGCGAGAUUGAUGCGAAUCAUAUUGGUACCAUGCUGAAACGAUUUGGGUGUAAUGGGUCAUCUAACGACAAGAUCUCUAUUGUGGCACCAGCAAUUCAUAAUUUCCAAUCAAUACGUUCCCACCAUAACCAUCAAGCAAUGGAGAGUAGAUCACCAUCCGGGGACGGCGAUUCUCGAGGUGUCAUGCCUUUUGAUGAAGACGCCUCCUACCAACAACUCUCCAUAAGAUCCUCUACAAACGGCUCGACACCUGCGUCCGCGUUCGCCGAGAAAAUGAAAAUCCGAAGUGGAUCUCAGGAGUCACCGAUGGGCGGUUUCCUAAUCCCUAUCAUAGAAAUGUCACCGAGUAGCUCUUCCCUAAAAGGAGGCCAAAAACUGCUAGUGAUUGGUGGGUACUACCGGAAGGGACACGACUACAAGAUAUCAUUCGGAAGAGGACGGAUGAUGGCGGCGAGUCUGAUUCAUGCCGGAGUUCUGUCGUGUGUGAUACCACCCGCGUUGCAGCCGGAGGUGGUACAAGUUAGGGUUUUUUGUAAUGGACAGCCCGUCUCCACAGCUGCUGAGUUCACAUAUGAGCAACCACCAGAGCAUCUUCAAAAGGAGAAUGAUGAGAAGCUUAUGCAAAUUUUCGAAAAGAUUCGAAUCAUGGCAUGCGCCUUUAAUGCGUACUCUUCCGUUGAGAACAUUCAAUCGUCUUCGUGUAUGGAGAGUCUGCUAACCAACCUCGUUCAACAAAUCGAUAGUGAAAUCACCUCACAAUCGCAUACUUUCAAAAUGGAGCUUCUCAACGGCUCCAGUCAAUUCCCGUCGAAAACCGUACUUCAUCUAGUCGCCUCCUUUGAUUACGACAGAUUAUUCGAGGCACUGAUUGAUCUACGACGGAAAGUUCCCGCUUGUCGGGAGCUAGAUAUUCUUGCAAGGGAUAGCGAUGGGAGUACACCUUUGCACACUGCUUGUAGGCACUUGGCGUCAAGGACUGCUCGGUUGAUUAUGUCGAUCGAUGGGAGCACGAUUAAUGUGAUGGAUGACAGGGGAAGGACACCUGCAGAAGUGGGACCUGAUGAUUCAAUCGAUAUGUUGUCGGAUAAGAACAAUGAGGAGGAACGUGUAAAUGCCACGGAGCUAUGGGUGAUGACGAAUGGAAAAGCAUUCACCAGUGAGAAUCUUCUGAACGAUGGAAAAAUCUCCAGAAUCCCGAUCGCCGAGAAGACAGAUGACUUGAUGAGAGAAGCCACGUCAAGCUACUCAAUCAUGUCUGAAAUGUACGAGGGCGCUCCGUCGAUGCUCCAAGCAGGCAACUCGCGGGAAUGUGACGAGGAUUGUACGUCGUGUUGUGACGCCAAUGAAACAGGACAGUUACACGUGGAAAUUGCGAUGGAUACAGAUGUGCAUGUACCGGACUCCCCGAAGAUGGCACGACUAUUUCAGGCAGUUACAAGUCCUGGUAUUGCGGUGACACCCAAUGCGAGGGCGUUGAUGGCUGACUUGGCGAGACAUAUUAUCGAAGCGCUUCCGGAUAGAAUAAAACGGAACUCGGAGGCUUCAACGUUUCCAGAUGAGGAAGAGCAACAGAAUCAGAUGUUGAAUAAUAAUGGGAUGGGUGUGGACUCGAUAUUCUACCAACCACAGCCGAGUUGUUCGAUGUCAGUGGACUCUCCGAAUUUAAUGGAUGAUUAUAUUGAAAUGAUGGCUGCGGAGACGGCGAAGAGGAAUGGAAUGAAUCAAGCGACAUCAGGUGACGGAUAUCUGAAUCCUGGGUCAGAAUCCACACUUCUAAGGUGUCAAAGGACAUCAGGUGACGGAUAUCUGAAUCCUGGGUCAGAAUCCACACUUCUAAGGAAUCAAGCGACAUCAGGUGACGGAUAUCUGAAUCCCGGGUCAGAAUCCACCCUUCUAAGGUGUCAAAGGACAUCAGGUGAUGGAUAUCUGAAUCCUGGGUCAGAAUCCACACUUCUAAGGAAUCAAGCGACAUCAGGUGACGGAUAUCUGAAUCCUGGGUCAGAAUCCACCCUUUCCUUUGUCGCUCAAACUGUUUACAAAUUCACCGAGCCCCGCUCAACGGAAACCAUCGAAACAACGAGCACGACAACUCGAUCCGCACAGUUGUUCGCCACAAAUUUCUUCGACGAUCGUUCGUUUGCCUCAUCAUCGACAAGAGCAAACACGUUUGAAAGUGAUACGUUGGACUUUGACAAAGACCUCGGCGAGUUCUUCACCCAUCACGUCGACCGCUUCGUGGACCCCAUCCAGCAACGUCUUGCAAACCUCAAGUACAACGGUUAG